AUGGAGCUCAAGUCCUCGGCCUCAACAAGAAGAAACUCAUUCCAUGGAGUAGGAGCUGCAGCAGCAGCAACCGGAGGAGGAGGAAGGCGAGGAGGUGGAAGCAGCGUGUUUGAGCCCACGUUCAGUGACCCGCCCUGCAGCCUGAACAAGAAGGAGACCACCGAGUUCGUCAGGUCCUCCUUCCCCAUGGCCACCCUUGCCAGGAGCAGCAGCAGCAGCAGCAACGGCCACGGGCGCCACCACGAGGCCUCCACCACCUCCUCCACCUCCUCUUCCUCGGCGACCUCAGCUCAGAAGCGGAGAGGCGAGUCGCAGCAGCAGCAGGCCGUGGCCGUCCCGGCGACACCGGGGCGGCCGCUGCAGUUCUUCACGAGCCCCGCGCACCACCACCACCACCAGCUCGUCGCCCCGAGGAGGUCGGUGCCCUCCAAGUGGGAGGACGCGGAGAAGUGGCUGCGGCAGUCCUCGGAUUCUGACCACGGCAACGGUAAUGGCAAGGCCGCCUUCUCCAGGCAGUGGAGCAGCGGGCUCGGACACCGAGGUGGCGCCGGAGGCGAGGACGAGAAGAGGGCGGCCAUGACGGUGAGGAGGUCCGUGGAUGCGCUCCGGGACGCCCACUCGCUCGCGCUGUACACGCCGCCGGCAGAAGUGCUCCUCAAAGACAAGUUCACCGACAACGAGGAGCCGUCCAAGGAGAGCUUCGUGUUCCGGAGCUCGUACUGCGAGCCGGUGCCGGCGAAGGGCUCGGCGGUAGUGGGCGCCGACGACCAUGACCACCAGCGGAGGGACGUCGGCACGGAGAUGACGCCGCUGGGCAGCUCGUGCCACACGCCGCUCAAGAGCACGUCCCCGGUGCGGCACAACACGCCGGCGAGCCGGUCGGGCCCGCUGGUGCCGUACACCGGCGGCGGCGGCGGCGGCGGGAUGGACAUCUCGGAGCUGGCGGACUGCCACCUCGCCAAGCUGGACCUGGGCGCGCGGUUCGACGCCAUGCUGGUGAACUGGAGCUCCAAGGAGGAGGAGGAAGAGGAGGUGUCCAAGAGCCUCAGGCACUUCGAGGCCACCGUCGGCGCCGGAGCCGGCGGCGGGCCACCUUGCGAUAAACGCGGCGGCGGCGACUGCCGUUGGGAUGACGAUGACAGGGCCAAGAGCUGCAUCAGGUAUCAGAGGGAAGAGGCAAAGAUCCAGGCUUGGAUUAACCUGGAGAGCGCCAAGGCUGAAGCACAAUCAAGAAAGCUGGAGGUGAAGAUUCAGAAGAUGCGGUCGAACCUGGAGGAUAAGCUGAUGCGGCGGAUGACGACGGUGCACCGGCGCGCCGAGGAGUGGCGCGUGACGGCACAGGCGCAGCACCUCCAGCAGCUGCGGCGCGCGGCCGCCGACAACACCCGGCGGCUCAGGGCCACGAGCCACCACCGCCACCUGCCGGGGAGCGACGCGCCCUCCUGCGCCUGCUUCCCCUGCAGCAACAACAUUAACAACGUCAUCAGCGGCAACCUCCUCAACUAUUACUAG